CAUAGAUAAAAAAGGAGUAGAGAGCGAAACGGAGCUACGGAGGAGGGCACGAGGGACGUCCAAGGACUCGAGGAUACCGCAGGACGUGAGGACCGUCUGGGACCGUCUCCUCGGUUCAUCGAACUCGAGCGAAACACCGCGCCGUGACUCCGCGGGAACUCGCGGCGCGACGCUUUUGGACUUGUUUAUAUUUUCUUCUUUUUUCUCUCUCUCUCUUUCUCUCUUACUCUCCACCGACCUCGCUACCGGCGAGUCUCGAAGGUGACAGCAGUGAACGAACGGUCAGCGAGGAGCAGCUACUCCGGGGACGGAUAUCGCCAACUCGCCGCGCGGGGAAGCGACUGUGACCGGUGGACUCUCUCUCUGUUGAGCACCAGCCGCGCUCGGUGCGAUCAAAGUUCCUGCGGUCGUGUCGCGCGUGUCUGCGCGACGUCGGCUCCCCGCAGGUGCCGCGGGGAAAUCGGCCGGCGGCGAGUCGUCGCGCACAACUACUGUCAAUCGCGAAGGUGCCACCAUUCCCGCCGGACGGGCACGUAAACGCUAUCCCGCACCUGUGCGCGCCGAUCGUUCCGGUCAGGUAGUCGCUCCGGUCAGCCUAUCGGUAUUGACACUAUCGUACGCGAGGCUCGCGGUGUCAUACAUGUCGCGUGUACUUGUCGCGGUGGUGAACGCAGUGCAGUCGCGGAAGAAUGCGGCCGCUGAGGACCAUGAGGACCGAUAUUAGUUGACGAACAAGUGCUCCAGGUGCGCGUGACUUAUCGGAUAAUCGUAUCCGGAAGGGAGAGAGAGAGCGCAGAGCGCGAAUCGCGGGGAAGGAACUGGACGCGGCGUGUCCCUGAGAAAAGUGAGGGACGUGUGAGGACAGUGUUUCGAUAUCCCGGGCAAAAUCGGAUGGACCCUCUCGCGGAGGGCGAAAACGCGCGGCGGAGGUGAGAGGGAGGAGGGCGGAAGCGUGACGACGGCCGAGAUCGGGAUCGGGUGCUUUGUCCUGCUGUUCUGUCACCGACGUGCGCCCGUCGCGUCCUCCUUCCUCAUCUCGUCCCCGCGGAUGUGAGCCAGGAGACCGGAAAGGUGAAACGACACUGCGGCCCUUGCCCUCCCGACAACGGCAACUGCAACCCCUUUCCGUCCCGGGCGACCGGAGCCGAGGCUCGUUCUUCAAGAGACAGUGUUUCGUGACGAGAGUCGGAGAUCGUGAAAACGCCACCAUGAGGAUCAAAAUGCCCGCGGUCAGGAUCGCGCAAGCGGAAACCUCGCAAAGUACCACGUCCCCAGACACCGUCCAAUGUGGGGGCUGCAGGGCGUCCUACCCCCUCGGAGAAAUUGUCCGAUUCAUCGAACACAAGGUCAACCACUGUCGGAGCACCCCUCAGGGCUGCCACAGUCCGCCGGCGACGGCCGCGCCGGAGGACUCCGAUCCGGAGGAUGCCCUCACCCUGAAGACCGCCGAUCCGGACUCGAAGCUGAACUCGGUGCCCAGCAUCUCCGCGCCUAUCAAUAAGAGGAGCGGCCGACUGGAGAGUCCGCCGACGCUACAGGGCCCGGGACCGGAUGCCGGAAGUCCGAUCGACCUCAAGGCAAGCGCCAGCUCGACGCCAAAGAGACGAACGGAAGCACCGGACGAGGACAAGGAAGAUCUUCCGAAGAAGCAGAAGACCGAGUUCGUGGACGCCGACACAAACACGGUCAAUUCCGAGCCAAGGUGGCUGCAGUGUUCGCAGUGCUCUCGGCGGCUGUGUUCGGCAUGGGAGCUCAUUCAGCAUGUACAGAGCAUGCACGGCGCCCGCCUCUACUGCUCCUCCUCCUCGUCGACGAACUCGUCGUCGAACACUCCGGCGCCUAGUCCACCGACGCCUACGCCGACGCACGCGCACCAUCUAAGUCCGCCGAAUCAUCUGAACCUAAGCGGCAAGUCCACCGGAAGUUCCUCGGCGGCGAACUCUUCCGGCGGCGCGAACACGAGUGGCGGUAGCGGUGGUCGACAGCAACUUCAGACCUCUUCUUUGGUGGGCGAUCCCCUCCACAGUUUCUUGAGGCUACCCCAGCACUUGGAGCGAAGUUUCCCGCCUAUGUUCAGGCCCGACUUCCUCACCCUGAAUCCCUUGGCGGGGUACAGAGGUCUUCAGGAGCUGCAGACGGCCACGCGAAAUCUACAAAACCUGGGCGACCCGCUACGCGGUAUGGACGGGUUGAAUCUGGGGGACCCACUGGUGCGUAGCUCAUUGGAUUCUCUGAACAACGCCCGGAACCUAGCGAAUCUGGCCGAGUUGUCACACGGCCGUGGCCUCGCGGGCCAAGCACACCCACCACCACUCGAAGCGAACCUGGAUUUUUACUCAGCGCGCCUAAGGAGCCUCGCUAAUCCGUCCUUAGGCGCGGCUCCACCUACGCCUAGCGGUAAUUCCACGACAAAUCCCCCUCCUCCGCCGGUACCACCGGUACCGCCAGUCCCUGUAGCCAGCGGUGUUCAGCAGCAGCAGCAGCAACAGCAGCAACAGCAGCAACAGCAGCAACAGCAGCAACAGCAGUCGCAGCAACAGCAAUCACAGCCCCAUUCACAAUCGGUGGAACCGCCUAGUCCGGCCUCGGCCAACCCCGCGAAUUUAACUCACGGCAGUCAUCAAAAAGAGAACUCGCCACCCUGUUAUAGCCAAAGCCCAGUCGGGCAUCACAACAACAAUAACUCGACCGACAGCGAGAAGACCAGCCCGCCGGUAGCCUCUACGCCUAUUAUCACCGAUUCUUCGUCGGAGACGGUGUACACGUGCGAGGUCUGUGACAAGAAGUUUCGUUUCCAAUCAAACCUGAUCGUCCAUCGUCGUAGUCAUCGAGACAAGGAAAGGCAGUACCAGCAGCAAGAAGCCACGCAGGAUGGUCAGAGUACGCAGACGAGAUGCGAGGUGUGCGAGAUUGAGGUAGCGAAUUUCACCGAGCUGAGAAAGCACAUGAGGAAGGAGCACCAAGAGAACUUGAAUUCGGCCGCCAGUCCGCAAGGCAGCGUCGAAACGGUGCCGGACGACGGAUCCAGUUGCGAUGAAAACAUGGACUUGGACGAGAUGGAGGAUAACGAGCAGAAGACCGAGCGGGAGGACGCGGAGGAAAACACGCCGGAGGAUCUAAGCACCACUCAAGGGCAAAGCGGCGAGGAGAGCGGAGGUCGAGUGGAGAAACCAGCCAGCCUGGUGGGCGAUCUCAUGGAGAAGUUUGGCUUGAGCAACAUCGCUCAAUACUCGGAAGCUUAUCGGCAAGCGCUGCAAGAAAAUCAUCGCAGCGGUUUCCUCAAAACCGACUCGCCGUGCAACCUCGCCAACUCGCUCAACAACAACAAAGAGAAAGAGAGCGCGCUCUCGCCGAAUUUCAAUUCCUCAACGACCCCGAAUAUUUUUUCUGGCCAGGGAUUUCCUAGAUCUGCAGGACCGGAUUUCGGGGGUCUUUGGUUACCUAGUCCACACUACCUGGAGAACAAUGAAUUCCGUAAGGUGUCCAAGGCCACGACGUCCACCUUGGCGCUUCAGGGCCUGCCAAGUCCGAUGCUGAAGAAGGAGCGGAGCGGCAGAAACGACACUUGUGAGUACUGCGGUAAGGUUUUCAAGAACUGCUCGAAUCUGACGGUGCACAGGCGAUCGCACACCGGCGAGAAGCCGUACAAGUGCGAGCUCUGUUCGUACGCGUGCGCCCAGAGCUCGAAGCUGACCAGGCACAUGAAGACCCACGGCCGACACGGCAAGGACACGUAUAAAUGCCGCUUCUGCGAGAUGCCGUUCUCGGUGCCGAGCACGUUGGAGAAACACAUGAGGAAAUGCGUAGUGGUGGUGCAGCAAGGCCCCAAGUUAGAAAUACCGUACCCAGUGAUCAAGGACGAGGACUCUUCACUUAGCAGUAAGGAUACUUGAUCCUGGAACGGAAGCCUACCGCCGAUCCCGCCGUUGUGGCCGCAUAGGCCGCCUUAUCCGGUGUACUGAAGACGAUAGAGCUUCCUCUUCCGGGACCUCGUGAGAAGAAGAGAUGCCUGAUGAAUCCUACGUUUCGCAAGGCCGGUUCGAUUUUAUCGAGGCGGCGCGACCUCAGAAGGAUCUCUUGACGCGAAAUGUCCGAGAUGACCCCUCGGGAUUAGGAAAGGUGGUAGGUCGAUGCGUGAUUUCGAGAAUCUCCGACCAAACGGCCUGGAAACGGCCGGUAGUGUCGACAAGUUAUGGGAAAAAAAUCAAGAGCUGGAAGAGCCAGCGGAGUUUCAAGGGAGAGAGGAUCCUCACACGAAUCGCGAAUAUUGUACGCAAUGUGAAGAUGACCAGAUGACGUGAAAACAGGGGCGACAGAAUAAAGAAAGAAGGUACUCGACAAGAAACCCUACUCCGCGUUUUAACUCACUAUUAAAAAAAUGAACGAAUGGUUACCAGUUUGCGAGUCUCAGCACACACACAGCUAUUUAAAUUAUAUAUAUCUCUAUAAAUAUAGUUUAUAAAUAACGGAAAAAGACACUAUAAAUAUAGAGCUGCAUAUAUAUACAUACAGAUAAAGAACAAAUAAAAUAUA